CACCACCUACCUAACGCCAUUUAACCCGCUACAUCAUGCAAUUGCCCUGCGAGUAAGAAGCUGCUUCCUUUUGGUCAGCGGAAUAAUGACAAACUUCCCAAAACAUAUACUUCUGUUUCUGCUUUUCUCGCACCCUAAAGGUGACUUUCAAGCCAAAGGAAAGAAAGUGGCAGUGCACACUGCAACAGUACCCCAAACUUAUUGAAAUGAGAAAUUCAAGAAAACUCUAGCAGGCCACAAAACUGAAAACCCCUUUUCUUCCUAUAUUUUGUGGAUUCAAGAAAAUGGAAGAUUCGGAGUUGAAUAUGAUGUACGAAAAAGAAAAGCAAAUGGUGAAAGUUUCUGAGAGUAGUUUCAGAAACAGUGUGUGGCCAUCACUGAAGCCAUUUGUCAAUGGAGGGCUUGCUGCGGUGCUUCCUUUGAGUAGUGUGUAUUUUUUGCAAUCAUGCAUUUACCACAGCUUAAACGCCAUGGUCAAGUCGUCGGGUCAAGAAUUAAUCAACCCUAAAUGGCUCCAUCAAACGUAUUUUAAUGUGUCUCAGAGAAUGCCAUUCGUGUUGUCUCGAGGAGGGAUAAACAUGGCUGCGCUACUUGGAUCCUAUGAGAUCUUGACAAGAAAAGUGAAAGUCUUGAAUAAAGGGAGCCCUUUGACCAUCUAUCAGGAGGCUGGUUGUGGGCUUAUCUCUGGAACAUUUCGUGCUUAUAUUUGUUAUCCUCUGAUAGAAGGACAUGUUGCUGCUGGCAUUGCUCAAGCAGUAAACCUUAAAUGUAAUCGCUUUGGACAUAUUUUCAGUACAAUCACACAGGUGGUAAGAAAUGAAGGGGUUUUAGCAUUAUGGAAAGGAGCCCCGCGUGUUAAUCCGGCAUCAAUGGCAUCAUGCACAGGAAUGCUAGUAUCAUAUGAUCGGACUCGGAUUUAUUUGAAAGAAAGAUAUGGUCUAAGGGAAAAUGCUGCACGUUUAGGUGCAGGAAUAUUCUCAGGGAUGUGUUCUGGAGCCUGCGCUAUAUCAAUUCGUUAUGCAGCUGAAAUUAUUGGCUUUAUACGAUCCAAAAGAGUUAAAUCCCCACAUAGUUUUUUAUUCUAUGCCUUAAAAGUUCUUAAGCCAGGUGGAGGCUCUAAUUUCUACUCACGUCUCGGAAAGCAGUCUGUUCGUAAUGCUCCUGGUGCUAUGAUCAUGUGGGUGUUUCUGGAAGCAGUCCGUGAUGCAGAGGAGUCCAUUGGAUUGUAGCACACCUGACUGGAAACUCAACUUCACCGGAAAAUAGUGAAAUGUAUAGGUCAAAAACUAGCCUAGGAAGUUGCUGUAAUCAAAGGAAACUCAGACAAUGUAAUGGCAUCUACUGCUAAUUUAUAUUUGUUUGAGACUAACUAAUUGGGUGACGGUGUAAAUCAUUAGGAGUUCAGUUA